AUGGACACGAGAUUCGAGCUCGUUAUGCUCGCCGGUGAGGCUGGUGAACUUGACGGAGAGCUAGAAGGCGUAAUAGACAGGGAGGAUGAUUCAGGAGAUGAGGGUGCCCGAGAGGUGGUUGAGGCACUCGCUGGUGAGCUUGACGACGAGCUGGGUGUGGAUAGGGAUGUCGAGGAAGUUGGCGAAGAAACCGGGAUAAGCGGGGCGGAUGAAGAGAAGCUCGAUGUCGUCGUGGACCGGGAGCUUGAAGGGGCAGUCGUGGACGAGCUUGAUGCACUCGAACUAGAGAUGACGGGAGUCACCGAUGGCGGCAGCGAUAAAAUGCUUGUCAAGGUGGUUGAAGGCAAGGUGAUGACCGUGGUGGAGCUAGACGGCAGUACUGGGGGCAAAGUUACGGGUGUGCUCGUUGUGCUCGUGCUUGGGCUAGGUUCCGGGGUGAAGGUGGUCGAAGCAAUCCUGGAUGUGUUUGUGAAAGGGAAAGGCGCCGUAAAAGAGGUUGACGUUGAGGACGUUGAAGACCUUGUUGAACUACUUGAUGAGCUUGUAGAACUUGAGGAGCUUGUGGUUGAAAAAGGCGAGGUUGAUUGGACCGCAGCGCUGGAGCUGGAGCUGCUUGUAGUGCUUGAGCUUGUCGUACUGCUAGACGAGGAUGAUGACGAUGACGGACUCAUAGAGGUCGACGUGCUAGAAGGGCUGGAGCUGCUUGAUCUACUGCUACUCGUUGCAGACGACGUAGGAGAGGGGGUGAUGGAUGAACUCGACGAGGAGGUUGACGAGCUUGUCGUGCUCGAAGACCUCGAAGAACUAGAAGAUGUCGUGGAACUGCUAGAGCUUGAACUCGAUGUAGUUGAAGAGAUCGUCGAGUUGGAAUAUGUACUCGUUCUGGAACUGCUGGGGCUUGAAGAAGGGGAUGAGGUGAUCGACGAAGUAGAAGACGAGCCUGUGCUAGUUGAAGUCGUCGAGGAACGCGUAGAUGAUGAUGAUGAUGACGACAAGCGGGAGGAAGAAGAUGAGGAGGAGGAGGAGCUCGUGGACGAGCUACUCGAUGACGAAGUCGUACUUGUGGUCGUUGAUGACCUGCUGGAGGACGUUGAGGUACUGGAUGUCGUGCUAGUGGUCGAAUUCCCACUUGACGACAACGACGACGAACUAGAAGAGGAGCUGAAGGAGCUGGUGGUAGUCGUUGUACUUGAGGUCGACGAUGAACUUGAAGUAGUAGAGGUCGAGGACGAACUCGAAGAUGAGACCCCGAGAGCCCUCACUGCAAACACCUCGUAG